CCCACAUCCCAACCACCCCCUACAGAAACGGAGGCGGAGCGCGCGGCUGGCCGAAUCACCUCCCCACCGCCCCUCCGCCGGCCAUCCUCCCACCGCGCGUCCGAAUGCGCUGCCGCCACUUCCUAACCCCCCUUCUCUCCCCCCUCUCAUUCGCAAACCCCCCUUCUCGCCCCCUCGCCAGCCGCGCCCGCGCCGUGGCCCAGCCGCCCGCCCAGCGCCGCGCCGCCCUCGCCGAGCCCGACGUGGGCAUCUCCCGGUUCGCCUCCUCACUCCCCGGCUUCCGCGGCGCCCUCAAGCAGCGCUACUCCGACUUCGUCGUCCACGAGGUCGCCCGCGACGGCACCCUCGUCCGCCUCACCUCCUUCGACCUCCCCGACGAGCGUGCAGAUACGGAUGACGAGGCCGACGCUGACCUCCCGCACGCACUUGAAUCGUUCCGGCUGCUCUGUGGUGACGCCGAUUGUGAGGCGUUGAGGGGAUUUCUGUCGAGGGUUUCAGAAGGUGAUAGUGAUGUCUCACCGAUCAUUCUCUCCCCUGAUGCCGACAAGGCUCAUCGCUUGGAGGUGCAUGACUUCUUCAAGAGGAACUUCAUCUUCUUGGUGACGGACACCGUUGAGCACAGCGAUGGGGUCCAGAGGUGUAUUAGGGUGCGGUUGAGGUCAGGGCCACGUGGCCGGAGGAACAGGACGGGCACAGGAAGUUCUGAACCUUCAGGCUGGAGAGAUGACAGGCCAUUUGAUAGUAGAGGAUCUGUAACCUGGCCUUAUCAUCUUGGGAAGUUUCUCAGGUUUCAUCUCUACAAAGAGAACAAGGACACCCAGGAGGCACUAAGAGUUAUAGGAAAAAUGUUAGGGCUUCAGCCACGAUCUUUUAGGAUUGCAGGGACAAAGGAUAAACGUGCUAUUACAACCCAGCAGGUAACACUUUUCAAGGUACAUGCCAGUAGGUUGGCCGCUCUAAAUAAUAAACUCACUGGCAUUAAAGUUGGAGAUUUUAAUUAUGUAAAGGAGGGCCUUGUUCUUGGUCAACUCAUGGGAAACCGAUUUACAAUUACCUUAAGGAGUGUUAUCGCAGAAUCAGAAGACAUGAUUAAGGUAGCUGUUGAUGGAUUGAUAAAAAGUGGGUUUAUCAAUUACUACGGUCUGCAGCGUUUUGGUAGUGCUUCAGUACCAACUCAUCUCGUUGGUGCUGCUUUGCUUAGAGGAGAGUGGAGAAGUGCUGUUAGCUUGAUUCUUGAUCCAAGGGAAGGAGAGUGUGAUGACAUGAAUGGGGUGAGGGAACAUUACAAGGAACAUGGUGAUAUUGAUGUGGCAAUUAGGAAUUUUCCUCGGCGUCUCAUAGCAGAGAGGGCUAUCCUUCAGCGUUUGAAGAAGUACCCUGGCAACUAUCUACAAGCACUAAUGGCUAUACCUAGAACACUGAGAUUGAUGUAUGUACAUAGUUACCAGAGUUAUCUAUGGAACCAUGCUGCGAGUAUGAGAGCUGGAAUAUAUGGUUUAUCAGGGGUCAUAGAAGGUGACUUGGUUUACAAAAAAGAAUGUCUUGGAGAAGGAAUUGUAACAGAUGCUUCAGAAAAUAAUGAUGACCACACCAACACAUCUGAAAUGGCCAUAUUUGCUGAAACACUUCCGGAAGAAACGAUCCAGUCUGUCAAGAUAGCUGAUUCUGAAGAUUUAUUGAAGGCAGUGUACACACUCGAGGAUGUUGUCCUUCCUUUGCCUGGCUCAGAAACAUUGUUUCCUGGAAAUGAAGUUGCUGGGAUUUACCAUGAAAUAGCUAACAAGGAUGGUAUUAGCCUGACAGAGAGCACCCAUGGAGUCAAGGAAUUCUCGAUUACAAGCAUGAAAGGAGGUUACCGUCGUGUAUUACAACGACCUAUUGACUGUGAAUGGAUUUUUUUCCAUACAAUUUAGGAUCGGGUUCCAUUAUCAAAGGGGAUAACAGAACAAAACAAGAAAAAAUAGCAUCCAUGUGCAACCACAAGUUGAAUAACGAAAGCUGCUACUUCAUAGCAACCAAAAUGGACCUACUAACAUCGUCACCAACUAGUUUACAACGAAACAACAAAAGGAAGGGGAAACACAAACAGCCCUAUCAAGCUCGAGCACCAAAAUCAAACACUCCAGCAACUUUUUAACUGUUACAACUCUCCAAACGAUACUAGCAACAGGACAGGCCUCCAAAGAUCCCCUAUUUUUCAUGCUUCACCAUCGUGCUCAGCCGCUUCCUCCAUAUCAUCAUCUUGAUCUUGAUCUUUCAGCAGCAGUCUCUGAGUUCUUUUCUCUCCUCCACCAUUGUUGUGAAUGGCCAGCGCCUCAUCCUGGAAAGCAGUCGCCCCUUGCUCCAGCAGCACCUGUUCCUUGGCAUUUUGAAGACCUGCUCAGUAGCGCAUAGAAGAAUAGGCAUACCAAAUGAAUUCAGCUGGAGAUCUAACAAGCUUGUGAUCAAAGCAGGCCCUAUGACGUAGCUUCCAAAUGGCCCAAUAUAUAGCAGCCAAACCUACAAUUUGUAGAUUUCUGCUGCUGGGAAUAAAACGUGGUAUCCACCAAAAGUAUUGGGUAAAGCAUCCAUGCCUGGUUUUGGCCCCUAGGCAUUUACUCAAGAUGCUCCAAAUGUAUUUCGCUGCCGAACAACCAAAGAGAUGAUUGAUACUCUCCGUCUCGGAGCAAAAACUACAGGAAGGAUUACCAGUCAGUUCCUCUUAAUCAUAUUAUCUUUAGAUGCUUAUGCCAUAUAAGCCACAGCCAUAUCUUAAUUUUCAGAGGUAUCUUAACUACAGGAAUGAUUACCAGUCCAGUUCCUCCCAAUCACCCAUCCUCUUAUGAAUCUUAUCUUCAGUUCGAGUCAGCCACAUGCAAUCUGCUCCCACAAGCAGGUACCCCAAAUACUUAAUAGGCCAAGAACCCAACUGACAAUUGAAAAGAUCAGCAUACUUUGCCCUUUCUCAUCAUCCUGUAACACCAUCAACAUCUCACUUUUCUGAAAAUUGAUUUUCAAUCCUGACAUUUGCUCAAAGAGAUACAGUAACAGCUUGAGAUCUCUAGCACUGUCUGGAUCAUCUUGUAUAAAUAGUAUAGUACCAUCAUCAGCAUAUUGCAAUAUAGCCACUCCUUUGUCAAUUAAGUGAGAAUUAGGCCAAUAAUCUGUUCAUUUGCUUGAGCCAACUGAAUCAUUCUUUGCACU